AUGGUUUUCACGAGCCGUGUUGGUCGCCCAGACAAUAAAUCAGCCAAAAUGAAGACUACUAUCACUUCAUUCGGCUUUCUCGCCGCUGCUUCGGCAAACAUAAUCUUUAAUUACGCCCCGUUAAGCUGCAACACCACCAGCACUCAAAUGUACCAUGGUUGUCUCAACGGCCAAGAUUGUACGGAUGAUGGAGUAUGUGUAGCUGUCGAGGAGAUCAAAUAUCCAUCAUCCUUCGGUUCUCUCUCAGAUCAAAUUCCCACAGUUCAGCUUCGUGCGGUACGAGAUGAUGGAAGAUGUGGAAAAGACUUUGGCGGUGCUACCUGUGAUCCCAAGGGUGCAUACGGUGGAUGCUGCUCCAUGUAUGGGUAG